AUGGAAGAAAACACUAAGAAGCACAGCUGUGGCACCAUUCUGCCGGCUGGCAUCAGUCUACCGCCUGGCACCAUUCUACGCGGUGGCACCGUUCUGCCGGCUGGCACCAUUCUGCGCGGUGGCACCGGUCUGCCGGCUGGCAUCAGUCUACCGCCUGGCACCAUUCUACGCGGUGGCACCGUUCUGCCGGCUGGCACCAUUCUGCGCGGUGGCACCGGUCUGCCGGCUGGCAUCAGUCUACCGCCUGGCACCAUUCUACGCGGUGGCACCGUUCUGCCGGCUGGCACCAUUCUGCGCGGUGGCACCGGUCUGCCGGCUGGCAUCAGUCUACCGCCUGGCACCAUUCUACGCGGUGGCACCGGUCUGCCGGCUGGCAUCAGUCUACCGCCUGGCACCAUUCUACGCGGUGGCACCGGUCUGCCGGCUGGCAUCAGUCUACCGCCUGGCACCAUUCUACGCGGUGGCACCGGUCUGCCGGCUGGCAUCAGUCUACCGCCUGGCACCAUUCUGCCGGCUGGCACCGGUCUGCCCACUGGUCCAUCCAGACCCCCAAGUCUCUUCAAACCAGCUCGACUGACAUGCGUCUAA